GCUGUGGAUCACAAACCCGGAGCCCCUGUCUGUGCCCUUUCCCCUUUCCCCUUGUCCUAUUUCUUCUCUAAUCUCUAUCAUCCCCCCUCCCCCCUCUAGACAGACAUACCGCACCAGCAGGAAGCGCCCACAAAUUCCGCACCACGACGCGCACUUCCCGCCACCGCCGUCCUCGCGCCGGCACGCCCGCACGCAUUCACUCGCGCGCAUACGUAGGCGGAACGGAGCUCGAGGGUGCGCCCCCUGCUUCGUGUUCGUGUUGUGGCAGGCCGCGAUGGCGCAUGACGGCUUCCUGGGUGCCGUCCACGAGCUGGCGUGGCCGCUCGCCCACGCCGCUGGUGGCGCGCCAUUCGACGCCUUGCAAGUGCAGCUGCAGCACGCACUGAUGGGUGCCCGCGCCGGCGCCUCCUGGGAGCAAGACGCCGCGAUGAGCUCGCUCGUGUCGACUCCGUCGCCGUCGCCGUCGCCGUCGCCGUUCGCGGUGGCCACAGCCGGAGGAGCCCAAGAGGCUGUUCUGAUGGAGCAGCUAGCGAGCAGGCUUGGAGUCAGCGUGCCGUCGCCGCCGUCGUCACGAUACGCGUCCUGCUACAGCACGCCGGUGAGCUCCCCCUCCAAGCCGGCGCCGCCGUCCGUGGCUCCUCUGCUCGCGGCAGACACGGUGCUCGCGGAACGCGCCGCGCGGCUCUCGUGCUUUGCGGCUUCCAGUGGGAAGCUGUCGCGCGUUGCGAGCAGCCAGUCUCUCCUCGCCGAGCCGUCGCCGGUGCCGGCGUCCGCGCCCGGUGGCGCCAUUGCUAAUCUGCAUGCGAGCGAUGGGUCGAGCAGUGACGGCCCUUGCCGGAAACGGAAGGCACCGGGCGCCAAGUCCAAGGCUAAGGACGCAGUAACCACGGCCACCACGAAGUCUCUGGAGCCGGAGAGGAGAGCCAAGAAAUGCAAGCUCUCCACGGACAACGCCGAUGAUGAGGAGCCGAAUCCUGCGGCCGGCGAGGCGGGCCACGGCAAUGGCAAGGGGAAGGAGAUCGCCGCAGAGCCGCCGAAGGACUACAUCCACGUUCGCGCGCGCCGCGGCCAGGCCACCGACAGCCACAGCCUCGCCGAGCGGGUGAGGAGGGAGAAGAUCAGCGAGCGAAUGAAGCUGUUACAAGACAUUGUCCCCGGCUGCAGCAAGGUUACGGGGAAGGCCGUGAUGCUUGAUGAGAUAAUAAACUACGUGCAGUCGUUACAACGUCAAGUGGAGUUCUUGUCGAUGAAGCUCUCCACCGUCAACCCGCAGCUCGAACUCGACGUGGAUAGCUUCAUCCCCAAAGAUGCUAACCAGACCUGUGCGCAUGCCCCAUCGUCCCUCCCAGCGCUACCUCCGCCAGUCUACUCCCUGGAGGGAUCGAGCUCGGCGUUUUGCUAUACCUCAUCUCAAGGUCCUGCUGCGUUGAGUGCGGUGACAAAUGCCAAAGGCUUCGAAACGCCGUCCUCCUUGGUGAACCAUGGCAUCCCAGACCAUCCACUCGAACGAUUUCAAAAUGCUAAUUCUCAGAUUGGAAGCUUGUGGGAGGAUGACCUCCAGAGCAUAGUUCAGAUGGGAUUCCGGGGGAAUACGUGAUCAUUGGUGCUCUGAUUGGGGGACAGUUCAGUUUCACCAAUCACGGCAAGAGAUGAUCAAUGGGGGGCAUGUCUGGUGCAGGGUCACUUACACAACAGAGUUGGGCUCCAAUCAUUGGAUUCUCCAUGGUUGUACACAAACCCGUGCAUAGGAAGGAGACUCUUUCUUUCUCGCUAAUUGUCUCAGCUGAACAUUAAUUUGCAGCUCAGCAGAGACCGAGAGAAAAAAAAAAAAAGGCGAAAAGACGAUAUUUUCUUGCAUUUCACAA